UUUGAGCCCAGGACGCCCCUCUCUCUCCCUCACUCUGCUUUCAAAGCCAACCUAGGUCUAUCUUUACCGCUUUUCUAUCAUGGAAAUGUUUUUUAAUGGGUGGCGCUAAGAGUGUCGGUCUUAUUUUUACUUUCAUAUACUGAAAUGUACGACCGUCUGGAUCCCCGCUCGGCCGAGAGAGGAAGGCUUUUUGUAGGUAUAAUACAAGGAAGCGUCGUCUGAGAGAGGGAGAGAGAGGGGGAAGGAUUGACGCUUUUUCCUCCUCUCCUCCUCCUUCUUCCUUUCGCCCCCCUCUCCUCCUCCUUUUGGCGGAGAGAGGGGUUGAGGCAGGAAUAAACGCUUUUUUUGGUGUUUUUCUUUUUCUUUUUCUUUUUUUUUUAAAUGCAUUUGAAUCCUACUGCGCAACCAGACCGGAUCACGUGGGAUUGGAGAGAGUUGGAUCGAUUUUGCACAGUUCAAUGUGAGAAAAAGAGAGAGAAACAAACAACUCCUAUUUCUUUUUUACUUCUGUGGAUAACUGGGACUGUUGAUACUUUUGCAUAAUUGAAAGAGAAGGGGGUGUUUGAGUGGGUUCUCUUUUUCAGCCUUGGGGGUGUGGAGUAUUAAUUCUUAUAUGCCUGGGUUUUGAAAAACAAUGGAGACGCACAUUUCGUGCCUCUUCCCGGAAAUUUUGGCCAUGAUUUUCAGCUAUCUGGACGUGAGGGACAAAGGCAGGGUAGCCCAAGUGUGUAUCGCUUGGAGGGACGCAUCCUACCACAAGUCAGUGUGGAGGGGGGUGGAGGCCAAGCUGCACCUCCGCCGGGCCAAUCCCUCCCUGUUCCCCAGCCUCCAGGCCAGGGGCAUCCGGAGGGUCCAGAUCCUCUCCCUGCGCCGCAGCCUGAGCUAUGUGAUCCAAGGAAUGCCUAACAUCGAGUCCCUCAACCUUUCCGGCUGCUACAACCUCACAGAUAACGGGCUGGGCCAUGCAUUUGUGCAGGAGAUCCCAUCACUGAGGGUUUUGAACCUGAGUCUGUGCAAGCAGAUCACAGACUCCAGUCUUGGCAGGAUAGCCCAGUAUCUGAAGAACCUGGAGGUGCUGGAGCUUGGUGGCUGCAGCAACAUCACCAACACUGGGCUACUGUUGAUAGCCUGGGGCCUCCACAGGCUCAAGAGUCUAAAUUUGAGGUCCUGCAGGCAUGUGUCAGACGUGGGGAUUGGACAUUUGGCGGGCAUGACCCGCAGCGCAGCAGAGGGUUGCUUGAACCUGGAGUACCUGACUCUCCAGGACUGUCAGAAACUGACGGACCUGUCACUCAAACACAUUUCCAAGGGGCUGACCAAGCUUCGGGUACUGAACCUGAGCUUCUGUGGGGGGAUCUCAGACGCGGGGAUGAUUCACCUUUCCCACAUGGCCUCCCUGUGGAGCCUCAACCUGCGCUCCUGUGACAACAUCAGCGACACAGGGACCAUGCACCUUGCCAUGGGCACCCUAAGGCUCUCCGGGCUUGACGUUUCCUUCUGCGACAAGAUAGGGGACCAGACCCUGGCGUACAUUGCCCAGGGGCUGUACCAGCUCAAGUCCCUGUCCCUGUGCUCGUGCCACAUCUCUGACGACGGGAUAAACCGGAUGGUGAGGCAGAUGCACGAGCUGAGGACUCUGAACAUUGGACAGUGUGUACGCAUCACGGACAAAGGGCUGGAGCUCAUAGCUGACCACCUGACCCAGCUGGCGGGCAUUGACCUGUAUGGAUGUACCAAGAUCACCAAGAGGGGACUGGAGAGGAUCACACAGCUCCCCUGCCUUAAAGUGUUGAACCUGGGACUCUGGCAGAUGACAGAGAGUGAGAAAGUGAGGUGAUUGGAAAUGCUUUUUUUUUGGUUUGUGUUUUGUUUUGUUCUUUUUGUUUUU